GUGGCCGUUUCCUGGGCAACGGGAGGAAGAAGAGGAAGGCCGCGGCCCUUUUAACGGACUCUAUGGGGAAGGCCGAAGCCUCCGCCUUUGUCUUGGUGGCGAGCGACGUGGCGGCGCUGGCUGGAGGACGGGUGACAAAGCAGUGAUGGAGACUUUAGAAGAAGAAAACUUUGGAAUAUCUAUCUCUUCGCCUUCUGAUGCUGAAUUUGAUGCUGUUGUCGGGUAUUUGGAAGACAUCAUAAUGGAUGAUGACUUCCAGCUCAUACAAAGAAACUUCAUGGAUAAAUACUACCAAGAGUUUGAUGAUACGGAGGAAAAUAAGCUAAUCUACACUCCUAUUUUUAAUGAAUAUAUCUGCUUGGUUGAGAAAUAUAUUGAAGAAAAGCUCUUGGAUAGGAUUCCUGGUUUCAGCAUGUCUGCAUUCAACUUGUCAUUACAGCAGCACAAGGAUGAAAUAGCUGGGGAUAUUUUUGACAUGCUUCUCACAUUUACUGACUUUCUGGCGUUUAAAGAAAUGUUCCUGGACUACAGAGCUGAGAAAGAAGGCCGAGGCCUGGACUUAAGUGGUGGAUUAGUGGUGACGCCCUUAAGCAAGUCUUCCAUGACGCCGUCCCAGAACAGCCUGCGACACUAGCUCUUGCCUCCAAAGGAGACACCGUCUUCACUUGGGAUGUACUGAACGCUCAAGACCGCGGAAAAGAUGAGCGUGAUGCCUAGGGUUACAGACCGAAUGACGUUUUGGCAGGCCUGGUCUUCUUCGCAGCCGCUCCUAGGAAUUCGUGUCCCCCCAUGAUCAAGUAUCACUCCGGCCCUGUUAAAAUAAUGGUCCCUUAGCACUCAUGCUGUGCCAGCCAAGCUGGAUUUUAUGUCAUGGAGAUCAGCGAGUGCAAUGAUCUAAGAGGGCUGCUGUUUUUGUUCUUCAGAAGGAAACACAAAACCCUGGCAUUUCUCCUGGUGAAUGGUAAUGGAAGGCAUGCGUUGAACCUGCCUUGGUUCUAACCUCAUAGCCUCCGUGAAGCCUCAGAACCACAACACAUCUGGCCCAAUGUUUUUAGUGUAGUUCUGAAUGCCACACUACCAUGUUUGACUCUUAACAUGGUAGUGUGUGUGACAAAUAUAUAUGUAUAUAUAUUUAGCAUGAAAAUGUUAUCUGUAUUCUAGUAAUUCUGAACUUGUAACUUCCCGGUUUGUCACCUCCAAUGGACAAUUGUGUUGCUCUCAUAACUUGAGCUUAAAGACCUGAGCUGCAAAAGGAACCAGGUCCGUUUGGAAAUCCCAAGUUUUCUUUCCUGGGAAACGUCAUACCAUGUAUUGUUACUACCGUCAGUAUGUUCCCUAGCAUGGACGUUUCCCCCCAACUGCACUAUCAGUGUGGUGUGUGUGUCUGGACUCUAAACACUCACCUACAACUGUUGUGGCUUCCAAGGAACCUUUUGGAAUUCUAGUUCUGUGAAAUGCAAAUAUUUCCCCUAUUUUAAAACCAAACCAAACCCUGAAACACCGCUCCCCCAGGUCCCAUAAUGAUAUCUAUGCUGGUCUUCUCCACUACAAAUGUAAGCUGCUUUUAACUAUCAUGAUUCCCCCAACAGGGAAUCUCAGGAAUUAUGUGGCAGAUCUAUCCUGUAUGAUUCAAUUACCUGUGAGCUCUGGAAUUUCAUCAGUGUUGGGUUUUCUGGAGACCUUUGCUUGUGCAACCUUGUGUGUGCGGCACUGUUUUUGCUAUAGCUUUUGUUGGGCUCUUACAACAACAGACCUCCAGAACUUUACUGAGGUCUUUCUUCCUACAUCCUGGCUAAGCCAGAUCAGCUGAUAAUAUCUGCCCAUGAUGUUGGACUAGCUCAAUGUACACACAUCCCAGUUUUUGCUUGCUCUGACAUAGGUCUAUGGGGCUCCUGCCCAGAAGGAUGUAGUGAUUGCUGCCAUCUUGAAUUCAGCCACACGGCAGAGCCAGCCAAUAGAAGUAAGAAGUUCAAAUCCCCAAGAGUCCCAUUUUGUGUAUAACCUGCCUUCAUUCUACACUGGCUACACAGUGGUUAAGAUCUUACGUAUGUAUUACCCAUAUGUAUGCUCCUGUCAUUCCUAGACUCAGCCAUAUCUGGGGAAGACUUUUUCCAAAGACACAUAAUGGAAGAGAGGCCAAAAUAAUUGAGACUAGCAGAGCCUUUCAAACUAAUUCUUUUUCCAUAUAAGGAAAAGGAAGUGUUUCUUGCAAUGUGGUUGGCUAAAAACCUCUUCCAUUGCCAUUUUUUGGGUGAUUCACAAUCUAGAACAGUAUAUGCUUGACAAAUACUUGAUUUGGAAUAAAUACUAGAGAGAGAAGGGAGUCAAUUUAA